CAUACUGUAGCAUGCAAACAAAAUGCUCAACGAUACUUGAAAUGAACAUCUGAUGAGCAGGGAAAAGAAAACCAAUGCCAGAGCUAUUGAGAACAUACUCAGUUUAAGAAUAUCAACACUGCUUCAAAAAAAAAGAAAAAAAAAGUUCCUUUUGGAUUUCAGCAAUUUGUUCCAAGAUUUGUAAAUGGGCUUGUUAUUGCCAGAGCCAACAGCAUGUUGAGAUGGGUGUGCCACAUCUAAUCCUUGGCAUGCCUCCCAGUCUUGAUCAAAGAGUGACAGAGGUUGCCCCAAUGUUGCCUGAACGUUCCAGCACACAAAGGGUGCUUGAAACCUGCAUGUGAUUGAGCUGCAAGGAGGGGGGUCUCCCGAGUGGGGGCACGGCUGUGACGUCACGGGGCUGGCUGAGUAUUGUGGAGCUCAGACUGUGCACAGGGAGAGCUGGUGGUGGCAGAAAUAACAGCUUCUCAGCAGAGCCAGGGAUUUCAUUGCACAUUGGAAGAUUUCUGAGAGAUGCCCACACAGUUGUUUUGGCUUUUGGAUUUGAAAGAACUGAACAAGUGACACUUCGCAACAAAAAUCCAAAAACAAAGGAGUCAUUGGAACUGCCUUUCGUGUCCUCAGAUAUGUAAAGAAUCAUACAACACCUUACAGCAGCCAGCCUUAGAAAGAAGAGUGUCACCCAGAAAUUGUAUUUAAUCAGCAUGAAUCGUGCAUUUAGUAGGAAGAAAGAUAAAUCAUGGAUGCAUACUCCGGAAGCUUUAUCAAAACACUUCAUCGCAUAUAAUGCUAAAUUUCUUGGCAAUACAGAAGUAGAACAACCUAAAGGUACUGAAAUUGUAAGAGAUGCGGUAAGAAAACUUAAGUUUGCAAGACAUAUAAAAAAAUCUGAAGGUCAGAAAACACCGAAAGUUGAACUCCAGAUAUCUAUAUAUGGUGUGAAAAUUCUAGAACCAAAAACAAAGGAAGUCCUGCACAACUGUCAGUUACACAGAAUAUCAUUUUGCGCCGACGAUAAAACAGACAAGAGGAUAUUCACAUUCAUAUGCAAGGAUUCGGAGUCAAAUAAGCACUUAUGUUAUGUGUUCGAUAGUGAGAAGUGUGCUGAGGAAAUAACGCUAACUAUUGGUCAGGCUUUUGAUUUGGCCUACAGAAAAUUCUUGGAGUCUGGAGGAAAAGAUGUUGAAACGAGAAAACAAAUAGCAGGACUGCAGAAAAGGAUUCAGGAGCUAGAAACAGAAAAUACAGAACUAAAGUACAAAGUGCAAGACUUGGAAAAUCAGUUAAGAAUUGGUGAUAUAACAUCCUCACCUCUGCUGAAAAUAAAACCCAGUAAUGAGCGAUGUGUACUUGAAAGAUCUGCUUCAUUUUUCUGGUGCAAUUACGAAGCUUCAGUACCAUGUUUAGAUAUCUGCUCCAUAGCUUUCACUCCUAUGAGUUCUCCAGACUCUAGACUAUCAACAGGACUGCAUCUAACUCCUCCAAAUGUCAAAAAUGUACAUCCAAAGCCAAGCAAUGAAUACAGCAUCCCAAGGCCUCGUGCUGGCAGUGUGACACCUAAAUCACCUUCAACUGAUAUUUUUGAUAUGGUUCCAUUCACUUCCAUCUCCCCUGAAUCUACAACACCUACUCGGAAUGGUACUCAACUGCCUCCAGUACCCAGCAGAUCAGCUGAAAUGCAAAAAGAUCUUUUUGGAGCAGAACCCUUUGAUCCCUUUUGCUGUGCAGUAGGUGAUUUUCCUCCAGACAUACAAUCCAAACUUGAUGAGAUGCAGGAGGGGUUCAAAAUGGGAUUAACUGUGGAAGGAACAGUCUUUUGUCUUGACCCUGUCGAUAGCAAAUGCUAAUAUCAUCAUUACACCAAUACCAACUUGUUGGAGUAAUCACCUGUAUCCCUUGUAUUACCUAUGUGCCAAAAUAUAAAUAUAUAUUUUACACUCUUAUUCAUUUGGAUAAAUCAAAACUUCAGAAGUUCAGAAAUGAAAUAAUAAUCUUUAUAAUUAUUCUGAGCUAAUAGUGUUAUAUUAUACGUAAUGAAGUAAUGGUCUUAUUUCUAUGCAGAAUACUGAAUUAUUAUCCAAAUAUAUUGACAUAUUUCUUGUGAUUUGUUUCCUCCAAAAUGUUAAAAUUUAAACAGAAUAUGAAUAUUAUUGUUCUGAUUUAAAGGGAUACUCCAAGAACAAACCACAACAGCUUAUUGUAGUGAUUAUGGUGCAUGAAAGCCAUUCUUACAGCACCGCCAGUUCUUGACAAACUGUUUUCAAGCAGUUUGGCAAAACCGGGAAGAAUAUAUUGACACUUUAAAUCAAAACUCUCUUCUACUGAUGUCAUAAUGAAGAAAAAUCUGUAUGUCCCUUUCUGCACUGAUGAAUCACAGUCAACCAAACCUGUUAAAUGGGAACUGUCUGUUCCCCUGAUUUUUAAUAUUAUGUUUAUUUAUUCCCUAUGUUUUACAAAUAUGUAUUUGUGAGGUCUGAGCAAUAAAAGUAAAUGUAAAAUUAAAUGAAGACAAUCUUGGCUGGCUGACAAUUAUUAUAGGAUCUGCUCUUUUCUGUUAUUGAACAUAAUAUCUGUCCAGGCUGUGCCAGGGCUGACGUGGAUUGUGAGGUAAACUGCUACAUUCUAUAUUAUAUAUUUUAAAAAAUUGGAGCAUCACUUGAAAAUUGUUAACACAUGCUAUAUGUGAUUUACAGUUUUAUUAAAGGUGUAAUUUCCAGAGAUAUGAUGGCUCCCGUGUAAUUACAAUUCAGCAGUUCAUAAAGGGCUACAGAAAGUGACAGAAACUUGCCUAACACCAAAAAAUUGUCCGUUAUUGCAUAGCAAUACAUGCUCAUGACAUCUAUCGAUAAUAUAGAAGCAAAUAAAGUAAUCCCUUUGGUUUUUGUCAGACUGAUAGGAGAUGGACUGCACCCACAGCGUCCAUGCACUAUGAUGUAGUGGUUAUGGUACUUUGAGUAUCCCUCUAUGUUUGUCUUACUUUUUUCUUCUUUAAAAUAUUUCUACUAAUGGUUUUUUUUUCAGAUUGAAAGCAUACACCUUUUUUUUUUAAUAAUUUUUUUUUUUGUUUGAGGUUUAAAUACCCAGUGUAUUUUAACCAACACUGAUGUAAUCUAAUAUUUUUAUACUGAAAUAAGAAAUGUUUCUCCUGUGAUGUGUGUAAUUCCUUUCACUGAUAUUAAGAUUUGGUGACCACUGUAUUUUUACAACUGAAUGCACUGCACCUCCAAAACUCCUGCUAGAAAUUACAUGGGCAUUCACAAAGUAAUGAACUAAAUUCAAACACUAUUCACUGGCUAGAACCUGGCUGAACAUGCAAGUGACACCCAAACACUGUGAGUUGAGAUUUCACUGCAAUUAAUAUUCUCUAAGUAACUCAGGCCUUUUACGAGUUGCAAUGAGUUGAAUUCCAAUUCAUUUUAAAGAAAACUGCUCAGGAAAAAAAAUCUCACGGCACUGGAAAAUGUUCAAGUUGUCCAUGAGUUUUAACUUUCUGGGAAGAGAAAUCUAAUGUUCUUUUUUUAAUGAAAUAUUAUGUUUAAUUUAUCAUGGUGUGUCUCUUGCUCAGUUGAGAGACUUCUAAACCUGCAGGAGCCUCCUGUGUCUGAUCAAAGUUCAAUUUACAGAGGAGGAGACAAAAAUUUCUAAAGCAAGUUAACAUCUGAUUGACAAUGCAUUUUUUUCAU